AUGACUACCAUUCCUAGUAUUUUGUCACUUUCAAACAUUCAAGACUUCCCAAAUGCCAUUCUCAGUUUAUUGAAGUUGAGCUUGGCCUUGAUCCCACUUUACCUUAUCGGCCUCCUACUUUAUAAUGUCUAUCUUCACCCUCUGGCCAAAUAUCCUGGACCAAAAUCCAUGGCAGCCACACGUCUACCUUAUACCCGCAUGAUCCUGUCUGGUCAAAUUGCACAAAGGACGAAAGCAUUGCACCAACAGUACGGCAACGUAAUUCGCAUUGCCCCCGAUGAACUUUCUUUUACAGAUGGCGAGGCCUGGAAGACAAUCUACGGCACACGUGUUGGCCAUGGCCAGAAGCCCAAAGAUUACCGAUUCUACGCACCAACCGUUGAAGGAGCUCCGGGCAUUAUCGAAUCUAAUGACGCCGACCAUUCUCGCUUUCGACGUUUGUUGUCGCACGCAUUCUCCGAUAGCUCACUUCGCGCCCAGGAACCUAUAAUCAAGGGCUAUGUUGAUCUCUUGAUACAGCGCCUACAUGAGAAUAUCAAGGGUGGCACAGAUACCGUCGACAUGCUGGCCUGGUACAACUUCACAACGUUUGAUAUUAUUGGAGACCUCGCUUUCGGGGAGCCAUUUGGCUGUCUUAGGAAUUCAGAAUACCACCAAUGGGUAUCUAUCAUUAUGAGCACGGCCAAGUAUGGCGCCUAUACAAAUGUGGCUCGACGUCUCCCGGGAUGGAAAUACAUCGUCCCACUCAUCACUCCAAAGCAUAUCAUCCUGCAGAAGAAUACUCACGUAGCCUUGACUAAGGAAAAGGUCCGGGGUCGGAUGACCAAGUCUAACGAAAGACCUGAUUUCUUCGGCAACAUUCUGAAGCACCAAAACACCGAGAGAGGACUUAGCUUCCCGGAACUGAUCUCCAAUAGCAGUACUUUGAUCAUCGCCGGCUCGGAGACAACGGCAACUUUGCUGUCUGGCGUGACCUAUCUACUACUGAGAAAUCCACGCGUACUAGCAAAGCUCCAAGAUGAGAUCAGAUCAACAUUUGCAAACGAGGAAGAGAUCACCUUGGAAUCCUGCAAUAAACUGGGGUAUUGUCUGGCCGUCCUCACUGAGACUCUUCGAGUAUAUCCUCCUGUUCCAAUUGGAUUACCUCGUAUCGUCGAUGCUCAAGGUGAUAUGAUUGCGGGAAACUGGGUGCCAGGAGGUACCACUGUUUCCGUCUCUCAAUUAGCUGCCAGUCACUCCUCUGCCAAUUUUACCGAUGCAGGGGAGUUCAUCCCAGAACGUCAUUUGGAUGACCCUCGCUUUGCGAAUGACAGUAAAACUGCAAUGCAACCGUUCAGUGUCGGUCCUAGGAAUUGUAUUGGACGCAAUCUGGCAUAUGUCGAAAUGCGUUUGAUUCUCGCUCGCAUGGUCUUCAAUUUUGAUAUGGAAUUGGACCAGCCCGAAAAAAACUGGAUGGAUCAAGAAGUUUACUUCUUGUGGGACAAGCCAGAAAUGAUGAUUAAAUUAAAGCAGAGAGCUCAUUUCAAAUGA